CUUUCAUUCAACAGUUUUGCCAUCCUGGUGUACAUUUACAUGCCAUCCUCUCUGGCACUUAUCGUCCUUGAGGGUCCUUGCUCCGCAAAUAUGACAGCUGUGGGGGACUUUGACAUGGAACGUUUCCUGGGCAAAUGGUACACGUAUUCCGCGUAUCCGAGUCUUAAGAAACGCGUGUCCAAGUGUCAGUCGGCGGAGUUCAGAAAAAAAGACGAUAAACACUACUUCAUUCAUAGCAAAGAGCUAAACACCAAGACCGACACAGUGAAGACUAGAAACGAGGAUAUCAAAAAUAUUGAUCCAGCUCACGGGCGAUACGAUCUAAUGACCAAAAAUAAGGCCUUUCCCCAGGGCAUUCAGAUCUAUAUACUGGACACGGACUAUGACAACUUUGCCAUACGCUACAUGUGCUUUGAUUCUGCCUCCGUGUUCAGCUUUCAUUGGGCCGCCAUCCAGACUCGCAUUCGUCUGCCUGCAUCGGAUAUAAUAUAUACGGCUCAGGCCUUGGCCAGAAAAUCUGGCAUUGUUUUAAGCAAAAUGAUGAAGAUACAACAGGAUUCGUGUCCACCAGAUACAUAGAUACACCACAUGUAUUUGUAGAGAGAGAAAUACGAGUAUAUCUGGGAUUCUUGUGUCGUUUUGCAAUUGAAGAAAGAUUUGUUCAAGUAAUGCUUUAGUAACCACGACUAAUGUGGUUAGAAAUUGUAUAGUUGAAAGGUCUUAAAUAAACGGAAUAAUAUUAUCAAAUGUA